UAGCAGCUCACCCCUCUCUCUCUCUCUCUCUCUCUCUCUCUCUUUCACGGAAGGCCUCAUUCUUUCCCACUCCUCACGUCAAUCCGGGAUUGAAUUCAUGGCCUUCCGUUAAACUCCAUUCUCUCAUUUAUAUUUCACAUAUACAUACCUCUCUAGCUACCUACAUUUCAUUGUCCUUCUUCUUGAUUGAGACUUGAAAGAGAAUUAAAAAGCUAGCAACAAGCAAGAAGAUGGCAAGGUUCAUCUUACUACUCUCUCUUGUCAUCUGCUUCUCAGCCUUAGCAUUGGCAGAGGACCCUUACCUCUUCUUCACAUGGAAAGUGACUUACGGUAUAAGGUCACCAUUAGGUGUCCCUCAAAAGGUCAUCCUAAUCAAUGACCAAUUCCCAGGACCCAACAUCAACUCCACCACCAACAACAACCUUGUCAUCAACGUCUUCAACUACCUUGACGAGCCAUUCCUCCUCUCUUGGAACGGUAUUCAACAGCGCAAGAACUCAUGGCAAGAUGGUGUUCCUGGCACUAACUGCCCAAUUCCUCCUGGCACCAACUACACUUACCAUUUCCAAGUAAAGGACCAGAUCGGUUCUUUCUUCUACUUUCCUUCAUUGGGCCUGCACAAAGCCUCCGGUGGCUUCGGUGGUCUCCGUAUCAACUCUCGUCUCCUCAUCCCAGUCCCCUUCGACUCUCCGGCCGAUGAUUACACUGUCCUCAUCGGUGACUGGUACAAGAGAAACCACAAAUACCACACCAGAGUCCUCAACCGCGGCAAGAGUCUUGGCCGUCCUUCCGGCGUCCUAAUCAACGGCAAUGUUGGUAAACCUGAUGACACCCCACUAUUCAAUAUGGAACCUGGUAAGACAUACCGUUACCGUAUCUGCAACGUUGGUAUCAAAACCUCUCUCAACUUCCGCUUCCAAGGCCACCAAAUGAAGCUUGUUGAGAUGGACGGCUCCCACACCGUCCAAAACGUGUAUGACUCCCUUGACAUUCAUGUCGGCCAGUGCUUCUCCGUCCUUGUCACUGCUGAUCAACCUCUCGGUGACUACUACAUCGUCGCAUCAUCUCGGUUUAGCCGCUAUCACUACACGGCCACUGCUCGCAUUCACUACGUAGGUUCCACUACCCCUCCAAAUGCAGUCAUCCCUCCUGGCCCAAGAGGCUGGGCUUGGUCCUUGAAUCAAUGGCGCAGUUUCCGGUGGAAUCUCACCGCCAGUGCUGCCCGGCCAAACCCACAAGGCUCAUAUCACUACGGCAGAAUCAACAUCACUCGAACUAUCAAGCUCUCGAGCUCGACCACUUACGUUAACGGCAAACUCCGCUACGCCCUCAACGGUGUCUCCCACGUCGAGACCCCUGUCCCUCUCAAGCUCGCUCAGUACUUCGGCAUUGCCGACCAAGUCUUCAAGUAUGAUCUCAUCAGUGAUGAGCCACCAUCUCAUGCCUCUGUUGUCAACUUGGCACCCAAUGUACUCUCCACUGAGUUCCGUACCUUCAUUGAGAUCAUCCUCGAGAACCCUGAGAGGAGCAUGCAAUCUUAUCAUCUUGAUGGUUACUCCUUCUUCUCCGUCGGGAUGGGACCUGGAAAAUGGAGUCCGGAGAGGAGGAAGACAUACAACUUGCUUGACGGAGUGAGCAGGCACACCAUACAAGUGUACCCAAGAUCAUGGUCGGCGAUCAUGUUGACGUUUGAUAAUGCUGGAAUGUGGAACUUGAGGUCGGAGAUGUUGGAGAGGAGCUACCUUGGCCAGCAGCUCUAUGUCAGUGUGGUUUCUCCGGCGAGGUCUCUCAGGGACGAGUACAGCAUGCCUAACUCUACCUUGCUUUGUGGCAGUGUUGCAGGACUUCCACUGCCACCUCCCUACACUUAAUUAAACUACUUAAAAGAGAGAAAGGAAGGUUAUUAAUUGUAUGUUUUUUUAUUAAUUGUGACUAAAUUGGAUUGUAAGGAAGUUGUUUUUAAAGAUGCGAAGAAUAAAUGACGGGUGUAAUCAAUAUUCAUGCAAGAGUUGUUGUUGGAGAUUUAAAAGA